GAAACAAAUGCUGUGGCAAGAACAACUGCAUGGCCUUGCUUCAUUCCCAUCCCCUGCCACUCCAAUCUUCAAUACCAGGAAGAAAGUUGAAGUAACAAGGGUGUUGGCUAAAGCAGCUAACUUGGGUGCUGAAUCAAAUGCAAAGAAAGCAAAUUUGUCUGCUGCAAAGAAGGAAAGAAUUAAGCUGCCAAGUUUUGAUAGUAACAAUGUUCACAUUAGAGAAUUCCUAAGCCACCAAUCAGGAACUGAAGCCAUGCUCAACACUAGAGCAUUGCAAAGUUUUGAACCGCUUAGUACUGAUACUUACAGGUGCACUUUGCCAAAGCUUAAACUUUUGAAUUUUGAAGCUGCCCCUGUGGUAGAUUUGAGAGUCAACCCAACCGAUGAGGAUUGUAUGGUUGAGAUGCUCUCUUGCAGGUUUGACGGUUCAGAAGCCGUGGAACGCCAAAACAGCCGUUUUUCAGCACUCAUGACAAAUCACAUGUCAUGGGAGAGAGACGACUCUGAAUCAUAUUUGGAAGUUGAUGUGAAGUUAAAGCUCACCCUCGAGAUCUAUACACGUCCUUUUACCAUGAUGCCAGUAUCAGCUGUUGAGCGUCCGGGAAACUUAAUGAUGCAAGCACUUCUGGAUAGGCUAGUACCACUGCUUUUGCAGCAACUCCUAGAAGAUUAUCAGAAAUGGGUUCAUAAGCAAUUAAAUGAUGAUCUUCCAUGAAGUGAUCCAUUUCUGCAUUGUUAAGUAAACGUCUCUAGCCUUCUAAUGUUGGUUCCUGUCCAAAAAUUUCUGAAAUGACUUCUGAUGCUACUGCUGGUCUCUGCUUGGUGUGGUUUG